GAAGGCGAACGUCUAUAUGAGGUCCGUCAAUUCGCCGACCGUGACAUAGCUCACGUAUAUUCUCAUGUUGUUGCAAUAAUGUAGAUCUAAAACGAGACGAAAAAACCUCCUGACUUCCUAAUGACACGUGUGUCUGCAAUCCGUCCUUUUAUUUGGGCUGUUUUAAUACAGCCGCCUGCAAAUUUGGUGUGCGGGAGCAGUGGUCUUGAGUUUGUUUUUCUAUCCCGGCUAGCUGGCAUUGUGGCUAGCUAGCUGCUUCGUUCCUGCUAAGGUUAAUUUUGAAUACUUCAAUAAGUUCUCGCUUCCAACCAGCGCUCCUGCAUAUUGUCAAACUGUUAGACCGGCAAACGGAUGAAGAUCCAUGGGAGUAAUUUGUUAAUUUAAGCAGCGUUGUUUUGCUGGGAUAAAAGAAGCAACAAAUAUGUGGCAAAGCGUUGGACUCACGGUGUUAGUCAUCGUGGCUACCCUCGUAUGCGUUUUUCUCUUCAUGUUGUUUGGCUGGUAUGUGGUAUGGCAGCUCUUCCUCUCCAAGUUUAAAUUCCUGAGGGAGCUUGUGGGCGACAGCGGGGCCCAGCGCAGUGACUCGGAGCCAGCCCAGCCCGAGGCCGAUCGCAGCUCCGCCUCUGGCCCUCGCCAGCGUCCAAAGACCCCCCGGCAGAGGCUAGUCUCACCUGAAGCGGCCACAUAGACCGCCCCUCUGCACCCUCGCCGAGCUGCUGAUGUUGACGUGAAAGGCCAUCGAAAUGCAAUGUUCCUGUACCUCCCCUCCACAUCCCUCCCUCUCGCAAGUAGUACUUUAGGCACACCUACCUGUGCAGCUGUGUUUCAGGGCACACCUCUCUGUCCCCCAGUUUCCCCAGCCUUCACGGUUGACCUCACAGUGUGGGCCACUCUCAUUGGCUGAUGAGCUUCACCCAACCUACAAGACCACUGGUGGUCCUAUUACACAAGGAUGUGUGAGAGCAUGCGUGUGUGUAACUUAGCUUGAGUAGUUAAAAAAAAUAACUCGCAACUGUGAGCUUGACCUAUUUUCGCAGGGAAACUAUGCGGAAGAAAGUUUUAAACUGACAGUCCUCAGUCACUCUAAUUUGACACUUUUUAAUUGACACUUUUUAGUUGUCACUGUGAGAUACUCUCGGUUCCUCGUGGGAAGAAUGUGCGAUUGUUUUACUCGGGCCCCCCUCUGGUCAGUGAGAAUGUGGAACAGAACGGUUUGCCGCGUAAUGUCCUGAACCACCGUCCAGAGGCCCUCCUGUGACAUCACCGUGACCUUCUGACCUCCAGAGACUGGCGCGUGUCGUGGCGAAGAUGCCCUAAGAGCAUUUUCAUAAGCGCGUUGGCGCGUGUACCUGCCCCACCACACUGUCCCGCAGCGAAGCUGUGUUCUGAGCGGGCGUUUUUUCAGGUUUUCACGCCUCACCGAUCCUAGCCAGCAGUACGAACGGUCGUUUUUACACGUACUGGUUUUCAUUUUCCUUUUUUUUUUGUUUUUAAUGCAAGAGCUGUAAUCGACCAUCAUAAUAAAUAUUUCUUAAAAAAUAUAUGUAAGCAAA